GCGCGUUGGGCCACCGCCUCCCAACGGCAACGACCGACCUCUGCAACCCUUGAUCUGCACAAUCAAAUUGACUACAUGAAGAUUUCCGCUCUCCUCACUUGCCUCGCGCUGGCGUUUGCGCCGACCGCGUCUGCUGCUUGCUGCUCGGUUUGCACGAGCCGAGUGGCUGCCAGCAUUUGCUCCAACAGCGACAAGACGAACCGGGUCGCUCGGUUCCCAAGCAAGUGGACCGUGCCGUACCCGUCCAAGCUCGUGUCGAGUACGCUGUCGCACGUGGCCAACUUUUCGACGACGGGCGAUUUUCGCGUCAUCAACAGGGGCACAAACAAGGUGACGUGGACGGCCAACUCGGGCUUCAGUGACCCGGACGAAGCCGAGUUUGCGGGCCAAGUGCUGCAGAUCUUGAACACGGGGCAGGUCGUCGUCUACGACGCGAGCGAAGGCAUUGCGUCGUGGAUCCCCGAUAUGUUUCCCGUCGACCAAAAGGACUUUUGCGCCAUCAUGCAGGACGACGGCAAUUUUGUCAUCUACGACCCGAGCUGCCGGCCUGUGUGGGCCUCCAACACGUAUGGCAAGUAGGCAUUCAAACAUAACCUUAACGCACGCUAGCUCCAUUCCCU